GUUUCCAGCAGGAUUCUGACUCUGAUAAAGUCUUAAAACCUCGACUCUGAGACGUCCCAAGAUGCAGUUAGAACGAUCUUCAACAAGAAGAAGAGAAAAAUACUUUUAUUAAUUCAUACGAGAUGGAAAACUAAGACAGAAAAGUGGAGGGUUGACCCCCAAAACCCACUGACCAAGGAAAUACAAAGACUGCAGUAGAUUUCUAUGGAUCCUUUAUGCACACCUCACAAAGAGGAGAAGGAAACUGCUUUCAUGAAAGAAGAGGAGGAGGAGGAGGAAGAUGAUGAGGAAGAUGAUAGCGGGACAACAGUGAAAGACAGCGAGGAGGAAACUGUGAUCGUGAAGGAAGACGAGGAGGAGGAAGAUGCCAAAGAUGCCAAAGCCAAGGAGACUGAACCCCAGCACCAGAAGAAGCAGGCCUGGGUCCCCACUGCCUACUCCAAGUUCGGUAAAGAGGUGUUCUGCUACGUAGGACAGGAGAUCAGCAUCUUUGAGGCCUUGGACUCUUACGGCGCUGUCAUCUGGCCAGCGGCGUUGGCUCUGUGUCACUACCUAGAGACCAACGUUGAGCAGUUGAAUCUGGUGGACAAGGCAGUGCUGGAGCUAGGAGCAGGACCUGGCCUAGUGUCUAUUGUUGCCACACUCCUAGGUGCCUGGGUCACAGCUACAGACCUGCCAGAGAUCCUGGGUAACCUGAGAGCCAACCUGCUCCGUAACACAAGAGGGCGCUGUAGGUACACUCCCCAAGCUGCAGCUCUGUCCUGGGGUCCUGACGUGGAACGGACUUACCCCAGAUCCGUCUAUCGCUAUGACUACGUGCUGGCGGCUGACGUGGUGUAUCACCAUGACUACCUGGAAGAGCUGCUGUUCACCAUGAGAUACUUCUGCCGUCCAGGAACCACUCUGAUCUGGGCCAACAAGGUCCGCCUCGAGACAGACCUGAGCUUCACAGAGAACUUCCAGAACACCUUCAACACCACACUGCUGGCUGAGAUAGGACAAGUAAACAUAUUCAUGGCCACGUGUCGAGAAACAGAGGUGGAACCGGAGCUGGUCCGAGGAAUACAACAGGAAGAGGAGGAGUUGGAGGAAGAGGAGGAGGAAGAACGCGUCACAGAGCGUGUACAGGAGGAGGAAAAUGGUUUAGAGGAAGAGGAGGAAGUGGUUGAGGCCGUUGAAACAACUGAGAAUGAGGUAGAAGACGAGACGCAGGAGGAGGGACCGAAAGAGGAUGAGGAGAACCAGGAAGACUCUGAGGAAUACAGAGACGUUGAAGAGCAGCACAUUUCUACUGACCCUCGUUCUACCUCCCAAUCAGAGCUUGAGGGUCUUGAGGAGGAAGACACUCAGGACUCAAAUGUCCAGCAGGAGGAGAGACCAGUCUGGGUCGAGGAGUUUGUUGUGGAGGAAGACACUCAGGACUCAAAUGUCCAGCAGCAGGAGAGACCAGUCUGGGUCGAGGAGGUUGUUGUGGAGGAAGACACUCAGGACUCAAAUGUCCAGCAGCAGGAGAGACCAGUCUGGGUCGAGGAGUUUGUUGUGGAGGAAGACACUCAGGACUCAAAUGUCCAGCAGCAGGAGAGACCAGUCUGGGUCGAGGAGUUUGUUGUGGAGGAAGACACUCAGGACUCAAAUGUCCAGCAGCAGGAGAGACCAGUCUGGGUCGAGGAGGUUGUUGUGGAGGAAGACACUCAGGACUCAAAUGUCCAGCAGCAGGAGAGACCAGUCUGGGUCGAGGAGUUUGUUGUGGAGGAAGACACUCAGGACUCAAAUGUCCAGCAGCAGGAGAGACCAGUCUGGGUCGAGGAGUUUGUUGUGGAGGAAGAGAAAAGGUCAGAGAAGCAAGACAACAGUUUGGAGGAGAAGGCUGAGGGAGGUGAUGGCAGUAGCCAAGCAUGGGAGGAACAGACGUUGGAACGUACUGAUGAAGGAUAUGAGGAUGAUGAGGAAGCAGAACACACUAAGUCCCGCUGUAGCACCGAAGUGACUGACGAAGACAUUAUCGAGGAGUUGGACACCAAGGAAACCAAGGAUAUAGGAGAUGCCCAGCAGGAUAACACCUACGUCCCCUGGUUACGACUGGACAGAGAGGUCUACUUCUAUGCUGGGCACAAAAUCAACAUCGUUGAGGCAUUGGACUCCUAUGGCGGAGUGAUCUGGCCAGCAGCGUUGGCUCUAUGUAACUACCUGGAGACCAAUACUGAUGUGAUAGAUCUGAAAGGAAAGCAGGUUUUGGAGCUGGGAUCAGGGACAGGAUUAGUGUCUGUCGUCGCCAGUCUACAGGGUGCCCAGGUGACGGCCACUGACCUCCCAGACGUCCUUAGUAAUCUGAGAUACAACUUGCUCCGAAACACCAGAGGGCGCUCUAAAUAUACACCUGAGGUGACAGCUCUGGCCUGGGGUCCUGGGGUGGAACGCACUUACCCCAGAUCCAUCUAUCACUAUGACUACGUGCUGGCGGCUGACGUGGUGUAUCACCAUGACUUAGAGGAGCUGUUGUUUACCAUGAGAUACUUCUGUCGUCCAGGAACCACUCUGAUCUGGGCCAACAAGGUCCGCCUCAAGACAAACCUGGGAUUCACUGAGGAUUUCAAGAACACCUUCAACACCACACUGCUGGCUGAGAUGGGAGAGGUUAAGAUCUUUAAGGCCACGUGCAGGGAGACAGAGGAACACCUUCAACACCACCCUGCUGGCUGAGAUGGGAGAGGUUAAGAUCUUUAAGGCCACGUGCAGAGAGACAGAGGAACACCUUCAACACCACCCUGCUGGCUGAGAUGGGAGAGGUUAAGAUCUUUAAGGCCACGUGCAGAGAGACAGAGGAACACCUUCAACACCACCCUGCUGGCUGAGAUGGGAGAGGUUAAGAUCUUUAAGGCCACGUGCAGAGAGACAGAGGAACACCUUCAACACCACCCUGCUGGCUGAGAUGGGAGAGGUUAAGAUCUUCAUGGCCACGUGCAGAGAGACAGAGGAACACCUUUAACACCACCCUGCUGGCUGAGAUGGGAGAGGUUAAGAUCUUCAUGGCCACGUGCAGAGAGACAGAGGAACACCUUCAACACCCCCCUGCUGGCUGAGAUGGGAGAGGUUAAGAUCUUCAUGGCCACGUGCAGAGAGACAGAGGAACACCUUCAACACCACCCUGCUGGCUGAGAUGGGAGAGGUUAAGAUCUUUAAGGCCACGUGUAAAAGGUAGGGGUUAGGGAAAGAAGUCUGAGGAACUAGUGUCGACAUUCCUGCCGACUACAACCAAGACUUCCUGUCUCUUCUUCUCCCUCUGAGAAAUGCUUGAAGGCAGAAGGCGGCCAUCUUGGGUAAUAAUACUGGACGUUGAUGGACUGCUGACGUUGUCAGUUGUUGAUGAUUGAUUUGUACUUACUACUUACCUACUAUAUGUAGUGGUUUAUUGUUUACUUAGUUUUUACACAUGUACUUGGAUAGUUUGUAUUGAUAUUAAUAUUAAAAUGUAUGCACUUUG